AUGGAGAAACUACCAGCUGAAGUAUACAGAAUCAUUGGAUCUCAUUUGAAUCAGCAAGAGAAAAGGUCUUGUACGCUUGUAUGUAAGCAUUGGAAGAAGGUUUUCAGUCCACUUGUUUUUGCCAAAGCCGUUCUCACUACUCGCAACCACGUUGAAGGCUAUUUGCGUCAAAGUGCAGGGCUGAAGAAAUACACAACCUCGUUACAUUUGGUUGCACCCAUCACCAAUGAAGAGUUCCAGGGCUUUGUUAGCAGCUGCCCUAAGGUCAAGGAUCUCACGUUGUUCUCCAACUAUUCCAACAAACUCAAGGUUGAACCAGCAAUCCAGCUCAUUUCAAAAUAUUGGUCUACUAGUCUGGUGAAGAUUCGCAUGGACUCGCUGCUAAUGCCAAAGGUAUUGGAGUUCUUGGCGCCUCAAUUGCAAGAUGUAACGGGUGAUCUUGAAGAUUUGCUUAUCCCUGGUUCAUCCAACAAAAUGUACUCGCUGCCCAAUGUGAAAACACUGGAAGUUGAAAACGGCGAUCAAUCUGGCAAUGAGGCAAUUCAUUUCCUGAAUCAACUGCAUUUAUCCUGCCCAAAACUCAAGAACUUGACUAUUUGCAGUAUGAGAUUCCCCACCUUUCCAUAUCUGUAUGCAGAAGUCCAGCCUUUUUCUUUAAACAGUUUUCACCUUAAAAAUUGCGACGGAAUCAUUAAGGAGAAUGCGACACAAUUACUGAGAAUCUUUCCCAGCUUGAACGACUUGUCACUAUUACGAACAGAAAGCAUCAUUCGCCCUGACUUGGUAGACGUUGUUCACAGCUUGCAUGAUGCAUACUCUUCCAUUUCAAUGUACAGCCCGCAGAUACGCAACUUGAGUAUAGAUUAUGUUUACGGCAACAUUGAUACAUUCGACUACUUCAAGAACCUGUUUUCACCGCUAUUAAAUCUGCACACACUUCAUUUGGAGCUUAGUUGUUUGAUCACAGGCGUGAGUUUGCGAGAAAAGGUCUCUCUUUCCAACAUUUUAACAAGUGCACCUCAGCUGAAGAAACUGUCAAUAUACGGUCUUGCACAUUUGGUCACUGUGGAUGGCCUUGAUCAGUAUUGUGUUGGAAAAAGCGGCCAUUACGAUAACCAUAUUCGUCGAAUCGUACAGAGGGACGCAUUCUUUGAGGAUGAUGACUCUAAUACGCCUUCACCGCCAGCUGAUUUCGAUAUUGAUGCAAAUGUCGUUGCUAGGGAACGUUCUCCUGACCCGAUUUUUGAAGUUUACUCAGUUGCAGGUGUCGACUAUCUACUAUUUUACACUGAUGAUGGCCAAGAAAAAUAUGGAGAGGGUGAGGUACUGAUUGAGGAGGGAUCUGAGCUCAUGAUCAGUAAAAAGAUGGGACUGAGAGACAGUAUUGACAAGACGCACAAGUAUUGGAAUGUGCCUCGACAACCUCGAUCAUUGCAGCAGGAUUUCACCACUCCAAUGCCAUGUUUUACUUCAAGGCUAACUAUGCUGCAACUUGAAAUGGUUACCCUACGAAAUCCUACGUUUCGAUGGAUCAACUCGUGCUGCCCAAAUCUGGUUGAACUGAGUAUAUUGAAAACAGGGCCUUAUCCAUGGUGUGAUAUUUAUUUGAAGGAUCUGAAAAAAUUACAGCGCUUUAGCAUGUCGUUUGAAUUGUAUUACCCUUACUUGCCUGUGCUUCGUCUUGUAGGAGACAAGUCAACAAAGAUAUAUCGACCGGCAACAAUUGACAGCAAGACCUACAUUGAAGAUUCUCAAUAUCAACAUGUAGAACUCGAAAAUCUGUACCAAGUAACACUUCAUCAUUCAACUUCAUUGACGCAAGCUACCAUCAAUAAUUGCGAAACCAUAUAA